AUGACAGCGGCUGAAAGCAGCGAGUUUGUGAAAGAGAACAUCGAGAUGGAGCUGUUUUCUUCUGAGGAGAGAGGUGUGGAUCACCCUCUGGCCCAGGACCCUGAAGAGGAGCCUGCGUGGAGCUGCUUCUCCCUGGGCAGAGGCCUCUCUCAGCCCCCCCCUGCAGAGCGGAGCCCCCAGAGACCCAUAGAGAUGGAGGUUCUGUGCUCACUCAAGACUCACAGAGACAAGACGGUCUGCGAGCACAGGUCCCGGCGUCUGAAGUGGAAGAAGACUCCGCCUCCAGGAAGUCGUUUUGUGGUGAAAGACGUGACGUUUGUGUCCAGAGAGCAGUACCAGGCGCAGAUGGAGAGCCAGGUCUUCUCCCAGAGUGGAGCAGUGUCUCCAGUUCGAGCUCGGAUGACGGUGGACCAGACCUGGGCGGCUGCGGAGAUGGACAACAGACUGAGGCUGGUUCUGCGCAGACAGUUCGGAAAAGCAGCCGCGAAGAGCAUGCACUUCACCUACCUGCAGUCUGUGCAGAGCUCCCGGUGUCUGUUCGUCCCCUCGGCCCCGGAGGAGGGCUGGAGCGGGGUCCACGUCCUGCGCAUCUCUGCCCUGAGGCCCCUGCACGUCCUCAUCCACCAGGACAUCUCUCUGGUUCAAAGUGAGCAGCUGUUGUCUGAGCCGCAGAAGAACAGAAGUGAUCUCUGCCCAACGACCGACACCAACUGCAGGACACAAGAGUUGGGGGAAGAGCUGCGUAGAGUCCUCUCAGCUUUCACAGGAGAGUCCCGAGGUGAGGAGGUCCCCCUGCUGGUGAGGAGGAGCACAGCACUGCAGUCAGCUCUGAGGGCAGUGAGGAGGUCCAACUUCUGCUUCAGAGACACGCCCCUGGUCUCCUUCAGCGGAGAGGAGACCGAGGGCCACCAGGGGCCUCAGCGAGAGUUCUUUAGGUUGAUGCUGCAGGAGCUCCGGCAGAGCCCUCUGUUCGAGGGGCCUCCCGGGCGCCUCCUCUUCACCUCUGACCUCUCGUCUCUGGAGGACUGGGGCUACUACGAGGCGGGCGUUCUGAUUGGCUGGUCCCUGGCUCACGGAGGGGAGGGGCCACGCUGCCUGCACCCUGCUCUGUUCCAGCUGAUGUGUGGACGCAGCUUCUCAUUGGACGACUUCAGCUGGAGGGACGUGGUGGACUUCCAGGUCCAGAGUCACCUCCAACAGCUGCAGACCUGUGCAGACGUGCGGUGCCUCAGUCCGGCUCUCAGGGACUGGAUUCAUCGCUGUGGAGUCCCUGAGGUCUCUGGGGCCUCGACCGCGGAGCUCCCCGACAUCUACAGACGAGUCGUCACACACUACAUCCACGACCGGGUCUCUGGGUCGGUGGAGCAGUUCACUCAGGGUCUGAGCAGCUGUGAUGGUCUCUGGAGCUGGAUCAAGUCUCACUGUCGGGCCUUCACUCCGAUCAUGACGUCUGCUCGCUCCAGACCUCUCACACUGCAGGACUUCAGAGCACUGUUCACAACCAGCUACAGCGAAGUGGAGGAGGAGAAGGAGGAAGAGGAGAAGGAUGAGGAAAACAAGGUGAAGGAGGAGAAGGAGACGGUCGCUCACUGGGACACGGUGCUGGGCCUCAUCAGUGACGGAGACGCGGCGCUGACCUUUGAAGAUCUGCUGGUCUUCGUCUCUGGAGUGAAGCUGGUGCCUCCUCUGGGCUUUCCUGGUCUCUUCAGGCUGCUCUUCUACUCUCAGGAUCCAGUGUCGUCCGCCGUGCGCCUGCCGUUCGCCUCCACCUGUGCUCUGGAGCUGUUCCUGCCACUGCGGGUAGGGGGCGCCGUGGACCUGCUGCGGCUGCUGACCAGAGCUGUGCGAGAAUCUGUGGGUUUCACCAGUUUGAGGCCAGAGAAGAGGACCUCAUUGGACACUGCCUCGGCCUGA